CACGUCGUGACGAGCUCUGGUAUAUACCGUCGACAGCGCGGGCACCCUGCCAUGCCCCCUUGUCUCUUCCCCUCAUUGCCCGCCCUGCUUCUGCCCGUCUCCUCUCCCUGCCCGCAUCCAAUUCCGCUGCAAGAUGACGCUCCCAAAACCAAACACUCAGCCGCCCAGGAGUGCCUUGGUCCUCCACAAUCUUCCGAAGAUCGCCGCCGAGAGUGACAAGUUCAGGAGGGUCCUCUUCACCGGAAAACACAGCCAGCUUGUCAUCAUGACUGUACCUGUUGGCGGAGAGAUUGGCGAGGAGACGCAUAGUGUAGACCAGCACCUCUACUUCGUCUCUGGCACUGCACAAGUCAUCACGGAUGGGAAGAAGAAAGAAGACAUCGCCUCAGGCGACCACGUCGUAAUCCCUGCCGGAACGCUGCACAACUUCGUCAACAUCGGACCAACGCCGCUCAUCGUGACCACUGUCUAUGCCCCCGCAGAGCACAAGGCAGACACGGUUCACGAUACUUUGGAACAAGGCGAGAAGCUGGAGGACGAGGGCAAGGACGAACCUCCCAAAUGGGCCAAGGAGUGAUCGCCGUCGCGAGCCACGGGAAGUCAUGAUUGUGACAAUAGCAACGUGUAUGAUAGGAGAGGCCUGAGUAACGGAAAUGUUACAGCAUGCAGAGUAUCAAUCACAGGAAGGUCGCUCACAACGUCUGAAAGACCACAAGAAGUACUGUGACUCCGACUUCGAGAGUGGUAGG